GAUGUAUGGCAUUUCUGAUCGUCUUCUGCUAAAUCAUGGCGACCCAAGAAACUGUUAGGAAAGUGUUGCAACAAGUAAGACCAAUUUUGUCCGUUGAUCGUAACGAGGCAAGGAAAAGAGUUUUUAAUUUAUACAAAGCAUGGUACAGACAAAUUCCUUACGUUGUGUUGGACUAUGAUAUUCCUAAAUCAGCGAAACAGUGCCGAGCCAAACUCAGAGAAGAAUUUGAGAAACACUGUUAUAUUACAGAUAUAAGAGUAAUUGAUAUGCUUGUUAUUAAGGGUCAGAUGGAACUUAAAGAAACUGUUGAAAUUUGGAAGCAGAAGAGCCAUGUGAUGUCAUAUUUCAAG